UCCAGCGUCCAAGCAUGCUCGCAUCCGUCUGCCGGCGGCGGCUCGCCAUCCCCCUGCCCCAAAUCCUCGCCGGAGGCGGAGGCGGCGGCUGCACGAACCCCGUUCGGUCCAGCCCCGUCGCCUUCCUCCUCUCCCACGGCUACUACUCGACCGCCGUCGCGGCGGCCCCCGACCCCGAGCCAUGCCCCGCCACGGUCUCCUACCUGGUCUCCUGCGGCCUCUCCCCCGCCGCCGCCGCCGCCGCCCGCUACGUCCGCAUCCGGGACCGGGACCGGGCCGACGCCGUCCGGGCCCUCCUCCGCGAGUACGGCUUCUCCGAGGCGGAGGUCACCCGCACGGUGCGCCAGGACCCGGUGCUCCUCAACUUCGAUCCCGACCGCAUCAUCCGCCCCAAGCUCGACUUCUUCCUCUCGCUCGGCUUCGAACCCCGCUUCCUCGCCGCCGAGCCCCACAUCCUGGCGCGCAGCCUGGACAACCACCUCGUCCCCUGCAUCGAGUUCCUCCGAGGCAUCCUCGGUUCCGACGACAGCGUCCGCACGGCGGUCUGCCGCGUGCCCCGCGCGCUCUUGGUCGACCUCGACAACAACAUGCGCCCCGCUGUGGAAGCGUUCCGCCGCCACGGCCUCCCCGAGGAAUCCAUCGCCAAGCUCCUCCUCAUCCACAUGGGCGUGCUCAUGGUACCCCUCGACCGCAUCGCCGAGGCCUUUGAUGACCUCAAGGAGCUCGGCCUGAGCGUCACGGACACGGCCUUCCUCUACAGCUUCCGCGUGAUGUGCAGCCUCAAGAGGGAGACGUGGGUGCGCAAGGUGGCGCUGUACCGGAGCUUCGGGGUGUGCGAGGCUGACCUGCUCAGGGCGUUCAAGACGCAGCCGACCAUACUGCUCGUCUCCGAGGAGAGCGUAAAGAAGAAGUUCAGGUUUUACCUGGACGUGCUGAAGCUUGAGAUAGGUGAUGUGAUGGCGCAGCCAAUGACUCUGUCAUUGAGCUUGGAGAAGAACGUCAUGCCAAGGUGCGCCGUGCUGAGCCUGUUGAUGAGGGAGGGCAAAAUUGAGCAGAAAAUGAAGUUGCUUUCAGCAUUGCUCAGCAAUUCUACGGUCUUCUCGGAGAGGUUCGUGUGGAAGUAUGCUAAGGACGUGCCUGAUGUUGUUAAGGCAUUUGAGGGUAAGAUUAAAUUUCAAGGAUUCGGGGAUCGGGAGUUUGAACUUUUGUCACACCACAUGACUGGAGCCAAAAGCUGAGUCUUCUGGAACGAAAUCAUGCUUAUGUUUAGGCGGUUAGGCUAUACAAUGUCAUUAUUAAGAUCAAGGCAUGUUGUAAUUCUAACUUUGUUCCAUUCAUAGUAAUGCAAAAGUCCAUUUUGGGGGCUAUGUUGACUGUUA